CUGGCGCGACCUGGGCGAACGUCAUGCAUGUCCGCCGCUACCCGCUCCUGCUCUGGCGCGCGACUGGCGCCGAGCUUCUCACAACAUUUGUAUACACCGGCCUCGUCGUCGGCAUCACCUUCUGGUCCGGGUACAAGGACGGCGAGCUCCGCUACCUCAAGCCGACAGGGCACGCCGCCUUCGCUCAGCUGCCCCUCGUGAUCGGGCUUGCGUCGCGCAACUCCGUCCUGAGCGCCAUUACCGGCGUCAGUCCGCACGCACUCAAGGGGCUUCACCGCGCCGCCGGACGCGUGUGUAUCCUCAUGGCCAGCAUCCACUCAAUCCCGUUCCUCCUCAAGGGCUUCAAGCCCAGCUGGAUGUACAUCACCGGCCUGGUGGCAUGGAUCCCGUUCCUCGUCAUGGCCGUGUCGUCCGUUGCGCCACUCCGCCGCGCGGCUUACGAGGUGUUUAUCGCCAUCCACAUCCUCAUGCUCGUGGCCACGCUCGUCGGCUGCUGGCUUCACGCCCCCACUUGGUACUACAAGGCAUGGAUCAGCGCUGGCCUCGGCUUGUGGGUACUCGACCGCGUGGUCUCCCUCACCCGCCUCGCCAUCAACUCCAUCAGCGCAGGCAAGCCCGAAAUCGAGCGCCUCUCGCCGGAGGUCGUCCGCGUCCGCGUGCCCUCUCGCCUCAAGUGGAAGGCGGGGCAGCACGGCUACCUCCGCACCGGCACCCAGUCACACCCCUUCACCUUCGCGUCGCCGACCGAGGCGGUCUUCCUCAUCCGCGGCCACGCAGGCUUCACCCACCGCCUCCUCACCUCCUCUCCCCGGUUCGCACUCGACGGGCCUUACGGCACGCCCCCCGACCUGAACGCCUUCGCGAACUUGCUCCUCAUUACAGGCGGCACGGGGGUGAGCUACGGCCUUGCACACCUGGCGUCGAUCAUCUCCGCUGCGCGCACGCACACCUCCGCCGCAUCUCAGGUCCGUCUCGUCUGGAACGUGCGCGACGCAUCCCACAUCCGCUGGAUCGCGCCGCUGCUCAAUGAUGCCCUCGCCCGCGGAAGCGCGUACGUCCGCGUCGCCAUCGACGUGUACGUCACGCGCUCGCAUCUCUCCGACGAGCCGGGCCCGGGCACCGACAGCGCCGGCGCCUCGCCGCCCGAGACGCCCGGCGUCUCCGCGCCGGGCAGCCGCGCGUCCUCGCCCGUCUCGGACAUCGCGCGCCCGCCGCGCGCGCUGCUCUCCUCCCGCGUCUCCGUGUCCACGUUCGGCUCCGCGUCGAUCUACUCGCAGCCGUGCUCGACCUCGCUCUCGCUCGGCGCCGACAUCGACGUCGAAAAGGGAUCUGUCGGCGAAAACUCGGCCUCUUCGACGCUCGUGGGCGACAGCGAGAAGUGCGCUGCCUCGCACACGCUGUUCGGCUCGCUCGCGGGCCUCGACGUGUACGGCCUCUCGCCGGCCGCGGCCCUCGUCACCACCCUCCAUCCCGGACGGUGCGAUGCCGAGGCGCUCCUCCGCGCCGACGUUGCGGGCGCGGACGGACAGAUGGCCGUCGCAGUGUGUGGCCCGCCCUCGCUCGACAAAGAUGUGCGCCGCGCGGUGCUGCGCGUCAAUGGGGUGCGGGAGGCGCUGGAAGGACAGGGCCCCGUGGCCUUCUUCAGCGAGACGUUUGGAUUGUAAGCAGAGGGAGG